ACCAGAAUCACCCCGAGUAUCCUGUCUCAUCCGUUGCCCAUCAGAAGCAUGAGUGUGAGCCGGACCAUGGAGGACAGCUGUGAGCUGGACCUGGUGUAUGUCACAGAAAGGAUCAUUGCUGUCUCCUUCUCCAGCACAGCCAAUGAGGAGAACUUCCGGAGCAACCUCCGUGAGGUGGCCCAGAUGCUCAAGUCCAAACAUGGCGGCAACUACCUGCUUUUUAAUCUCUCGGAGCGGCGGCCUGACAUCACAAAACUUCACACCAAGGUAUUGGAAUUUGGCUGGCCGGACCUGCACACCCCCGCCUUGGAGAAGAUCUGCAGCGUCUGCAAGGCCAUGGACACCUGGCUCAACGCAGACCCCCACAAUGUCGUUGUGCUACACAACAAGGGAAACCGAGGCAGGAUAGGUGUGGUCAUCGCGGCUUACAUGCACUACAGCAACAUUUCUGCCAGCGCGGACCAGGCUCUGGACCGGUUUGCAAUGAAGCGGUUCUACGAGGAUAAGAUUGUUCCUAUUGGUCAACCAUCUCAGAGAAGGUAUGUGCAUUACUUCAGCGGCCUCCUCUCCGGCUCCAUCAAAAUGAACAACAAGCCCUUGUUUCUGCACCACGUGAUCAUGCACGGCAUCCCCAACUUCGAGUCUAAAGGAGGGUGUCGGCCCUUUCUCCGGAUCUACCAGGCCAUGCAACCUGUUUACACAUCUGGCAUCUACAAUGUCCAAGGAGACAGUCAGACCAGCAUCUGCAUCACCAUCGAACCCGGACUGCUCUUAAAGGGAGACAUCUUGUUGAAGUGUUACCACAAGAAGUUCCGGAGCCCAGCGCGUGAUGUUAUCUUCCGUGUGCAGUUCCACACCUGUGCCAUCCAUGACCUUGGCAUUGUCUUUGGGAAGGAGGACCUUGAUGAUGCCUUCAAAGAUGAUCGAUUUCCAGAAUAUGGCAAAGUGGAGUUUGUAUUUUCUUAUGGGCCAGAGAAAAUUCAAGGUAUGGAACACCUGGAGAACGGACCAAGUGUGUCCGUGGACUACAACACCUCUGACCCCCUCAUCCGCUGGGACUCCUACGACAACUUCAGUGGGCAUCGAGAAGAUGGCAUGGAGGAGGUGGUGGGACACACCCAGGGGCCGCUGGACGGGAGUCUCUACGCCAAGGUCAAGAAAAAGGACUCUCUGCACGGCAGCAACGGGGCCAUCAAUACUGUGCGCCCCACUCUCUCAGCCACCCCCAACCAUGUGGAGCACACGCUGUCUGUGAGCAGUGAUUCGGGCAAUUCCACUGCCUCCACCAAGACAGACAAGACCGAUGAGCCUGCCCCUGGUCCUGCCAGUGCCCCGGCUGCCCUGAGCCCCGAGGAGAAACGUGAGCUGGAUCGCCUGCUCAGCGGCUUUGGCUUAGAGCGAGAGAAGCGAGGCCCCAUGUACCACACCCAGCACCUCCGGCCCCGCCAGGCUGGGGGCCCUGCUGUGCCUUCGUCGGGCCGCCAUGUUGUCCCAGCCCAGGUGCAUGUCAAUGGCGGGGCUUUAGCAUCUGAACGGGAGACGGACAUCCUGGACGAUGAACUGCCCAACCAGGAUGGGCACAGCGUGGGCAGCAUGGGCACACUAUCCUCCUUGGAUGGGGUCACCAACACCAGUGAGGGGGGCUACCCGGAGGCCCUGUCCCCAAUGAUCAAUGGUCUCGACAAGUCCUACCCAGUAGAACCCAUGGUCAAUGGUGGGGGCUACCUCUACGAGUCACCUAGCCAAGUGGUCCCUGCCCAUGCUGACCACACGGCCCCCAUGCGGCCCUCCUACUCUGCACAGGAGAGUUUAGCUGGGCACCAACGGGAGGGGCCCCACCCAUCCUGGCCACAGCCAGUGGCCACCUCCCACUACGGCCAUGACCCCAGUGGUAUGUUCCGUUCGCAAUCCUUUCCGGACACCGAGUCCCACCUGCCCCUAGCUCCAGCCCGCAGUGGAAGCAGCCGGGAGGCAGUGCAGAGGGGGCUGAAUUCAUGGCAGCAGCAACAGCAGCAACAGCCUCGCCCUCCUCCCCGCCAGCAGGAGAGAGCCCACUUGGAAAGUUUAGGGUCCAGCAGGCCCAGCCCUCAGUUUUUGACAGAGACCCCAGUCCCUGGUCUCCCUGAGUUCCCAAGGGCAGCUUCGCGGCAGGAGAUUGAGCAAUCCAUCGAAGUCCUCAACAUGCUGAUGCUGGAUCUGGAGCCCACUUCACCCGCUGCCCCCCUGCACAAAUCCCAGAGUGUCCCAGGGGCCUGGCCAGGGGCGUCCCCACUCUCCUCCCAGCCCUUUCCCGGAUCAUCCCGCCAAUCCCAGCCACUGACCCAGUCUAGAUCUGGCUACAUCCCAAGUGGGCAUUCCUUGGGAACUGCUGAGCUGGCCCCACGAGUCUCCAGGGAGCCCACUCCACCUGGCAGGUCUUAUUCGCCUUAUGAUUAUCAGCCUUGUCCAGCUGGGCCUAACCAGAGUUUCCAUCCAAAGAGCCCAGCUUCUUCCACCUCCUCUUCUGCCUUUCUUCCAAAUGCCCACAGCCCUCCAGGGCCUCAGCAGCCCCCAGCCUCUCUCCCUGGCCUUACCACCACACAGCCUCAGCUCCCGCCAAAGGAGGUGGUUUCAGACCCAUCCCGAACUCCAGAGGAAGAGCCACUGAACCUGGAAGGGCUGGUGGCCCAUCGGGUAGCAGGGGUACAGGCUCGGGAGAAGCAGCCUGCAGAGCCCCCAGCCCCUCUCAGGAGGCGGGCAGCCAGCGAUGGGCAAUAUGAGAACCAGUCUCCAGAACCCACAUCUCCUCGGAGCCCCGGAGUCCGCUCCCCUGUUCAAUGUGUCUCCCCGGAGCUGGCUCUUACCAUUGCCCUCAAUCCUGGAGGGCGCCCCAAAGAGCCCCAUCUGCACAGCUAUAAGGAGGCCUUUGAAGAGAUGGAAACAACCUCCCCAACCAGCCCCCUGCCCAGUGGAGUGCGUUCCCCUCCGGGUCUGGCCAAGACACCUCUGUCUGCUCUGGGCCUGAAACCUCACAAUCCUGCAGACAUCCUGUUGCACCCCACAGGCGUCCCCAGGAGACUGAUCCAGCCAGAGGAAGAUGAGGGGAGGGUGAUGACCCAGCAGUCUGCAGAGCCCCGGAGCUAUGUUGAGUCUGUGGCACGGACAGCAGUGGCUGGACCCCGAGCCCAGGAGCCUGAGCCCAAGAGCUUUAGUGCCCCAGCUGCCCAAGCCUAUGGCCAUGAAACACCCUUGAGGAACGGGGUGCUGGGUGGCUCCUUUAUCUCUCCCAGCCCCCUCUCCACCAGCAGCCCCAUCCUCAGUGCUGACAGCACUUCCGUGGGGAGUUUUCCAUCAGGGGAGAGCAGUGAGCAGGGCCCUCGGACACCCACCCAGCCUCUGUUGGAUUCUGGUUUCCGUUCUGGAAGCUUAGGGCAGCCCAGCCCUUCAGCCCAGCAUAGCUACCCGAGCUCUUCUCCUCUCCCGACAGUGGGUAGCAGCUACAGCAGCCCUGACUACUCUCUCCAGCAGUUCAACUCGUCUCCGGAAAGCCAGACCCGGCCUCAGUUCAGUGUGCCCGGCAUCCACACAGUGCCUGGAAGCCCUCAGUCACGCCACAGGACAGUGGGCACCAAUACUCCCCCUAGUCCUGGCUUUGGCCGGCGUGCUACCAACCCCAGCAUGGCUGCCCCCAGUAGCCCCAGUCUGAGUCACCGCCAGGUGAUGGGUCCCCAUGGGAAUACAGGAACUGGUUUCCACGGUGGCAUGGUCUCUAGUCCCCAGAGCAGUGCAGCGACCACUCCAGGGAGCCCCAACCUGUCCCGGCACCCAGCAGGGACCCCCCAGGCCUCAGGCUUCCAUGGGACUGCAGUGACCACUCCGGGGAGCCCUAGCCUAGGCCGGCACGCUGGGGCCCACCAAAGCAACCUGGCCUCCAGUCUCCAUGGCAAUUCAGUAGGAAGCCCUGGCAGCCCCAGUCUGGGCCGUCACCUGGGAGGGUCGGGUUCUGUAGUUCCUGGCAGCCCUAGCUUGGACCGACAUGUGGCCUAUGGAGGCUACUCCACCCCUGACGACCGGAGACCUACGUUGUCUAGGCAGAGCAGUUCAUCUGGCUACCAGGCUCCCUCCACACCCUCCUUUCCUGUCUCUCCUGCCUACUACCCGGGCCUGAGCAGCCCUACCACCUCCCCGUCGCCAGAUUCAGCAGCCUUCAGGCAAGGGAGCCCGACACCAGCCUUGCCAGAGAAGCGGAGGAUGUCAGUGGGAGACCGGGCAGGGAGCCUCCCCAACUACGCCACCAUCAACGGGAAGGUGUCCUCCUCACCCAUGGCCAGUGGCAUGUCCAGUCCCAGUGGGGGCAGCACAGUCUCCUUCUCCCACACUCUGCCUGACUUCUCCAAGUAUUCCAUGCCAGACAACAGCCCUGAGACGCGGGCUAAAGUGAAGUUUGUUCAGGACACUUCCAAGUAUUGGUACAAGCCUGAGAUCUCACGAGAGCAGGCCAUUGCACUCCUUAAGGACCAGGAACCAGGGGCCUUCAUCAUCCGCGACAGUCAUUCCUUCCGAGGAGCAUACGGGCUGGCCAUGAAAGUGUCUUCUCCCCCUCCAACCAUCAUGCAACAGAAUAAAAAAGGAGACAUGACCCAUGAGCUGGUGAGGCAUUUCCUGAUUGAGACCGGUCCCAGAGGAGUCAAGCUCAAGGGAUGCCCCAAUGAGCCAAACUUCGGAUCUCUAUCUGCCCUGGUCUACCAGCACUCCAUCAUCCCAUUGGCUCUGCCCUGUAAACUGGUCAUUCCAAACCGAGACCCCACAGAUGAAUUGAAAGAUAGCUCGGGCUCUGCCAAUUCAACCACUGACCUGCUAAAGCAAGGGGCAGCUUGCAAUGUGCUGUUCGUCAACUCUGUGGACAUGGAGUCACUCACGGGGCCACAGGCCAUCUCCAAAGCUACUUCUGAGACACUGGCUGCUGACCCUACACCAGCGGCUACCAUUGUUCACUUCAAAGUCUCAGCCCAGGGAAUCACACUGACUGACAACCAGAGAAAGCUCUUCUUCAGACGACAUUAUCCCCUCAACACUGUGACUUUCUGUGCCCUGGAUCCACAGGAUAGAAAGUGGAUGAAAGCGGAGGGAGGUGUCCCUGCAAAGCUCUUUGGCUUUGUGGCUCGGAAGCAGGGCAGCACCACAGACAACGCCUGCCACCUCUUCGCUGAGCUUGACCCCAACCAGCCUGCCUCCGCCAUUGUCACCUUUGUCUCUAAGGUCAUGCAGAAUGCCGGCCAGAAGAGAUGA